AUGGCGUCCUCAACAUCUGGACUCGACCCCCCAAUGGAUAAUGAUUGGGAGUAUCUCCAUGGUGGAGUCGACCCUGGGCAGGACGAGAAUCUGAAUUUGGUCCAGUCAGUGGCUGUAACGGGGCCAGAAGAAGCAGACCUCGAGCAGAGGAACAAUUUGUCGUCCUCAAAGGAGAACGGCGAGUCCAGCAAAGCUUCUCAAAGUCUUGUCGAUAUACUCGCCUCUUAUCCGUCGCCCAAAGGGAGCUGCCUCACGCGUCUUCCAUCCGAACUGAUCGAUCUGAUCCUGUCCUUUCUCGGCCCCGCUGAGCUGGUUAGGGUCUCCUCGACCUGCAAGCUCCUUUCUAGCCACAGCAAAUCCGACUUGUCAUGGCAACGUCAUGUUCAGGAGAAUGUUCCUGGGCUUACUCUAACCUCACCGUACCCAUGCAGCACAUACCGAGACCUCUAUAUCUCCCAUGAUCCCCACUGGUUCCUGCCGAAGUACAAGAUCUGGUUCUGUGACAAUUUUCUAACAGGGAAGGUUAUCAUUGCUCGCUAUGAUCCCCGCCGAGGCUGUAUCGAAGGCUACCGCCUUGUGGCAGAGCGGUCGCCACCAACCUUCGAUCCUUGGGAGGCCGACGACCAAGUUCUCAUCCACUCUUUCAAUCCUCGAUGUCGUCUACAUUUGGAUCAGCCUGUCCUCCAACUUGAUGCACUCCCCCUGGAGUCACUUACGGCAUCAUCCACCAAAAUCCAACGGGGACAUCGUUUUUGUGCCGAAACUUCCAUGCAUCUCAAUGAUCGAAACCACCGUGGCGUGUUCUCCAACUUCCUUCUCACCAAGCCCGUCGACGUUCGCCCAAACAUGCAGCUCUGGCCGCCUCCUACGAUUCCAGCUAGGCACCGUGUUCGGAACGCUAGCCAAGAAGCCUUCGUAGGCAGUGGCCACAAACCACAGAGGCGGGAGGAAGUUAGUGACCAGGCUUUCAGGAUCAGAAGUUGGAUGGAAAUGGUUGCUGGCCGUAACACGCCGGGUUUUCACAUGGGAGAGGAAGUAUCCACUUACGCAACACUGGAUCCAAAACUUUAUACGCCGACGGGGGAGAAGCCUUUCAGGGGAAUCUGGGUUGGUGAUUACAGUGGACAUGGGUGUGAGUUCUUACUCAUGAAUCAACCGGACAAUGAGGAGCCUUUCGAUGAGGGAAGCGUUAUUCAGGCCGAUGACGAGACUGUAGAAGAAUGGGAAGUGCGAAAGAAAGAAGAAAGGAUCUACCGUGGAAGCAUUGAAGCCAUCAAAUUGACAGGAGACCCGAACAUCCCAAGAGGAGAAUACACAUUCAUCGCUGAUGAUAUUUCGGAAACUGGAUUUGUUCGCAAGGCGACCGAGAAGACGUUUCGUGGCGCAAGAAUUGUCAAGAGCAGAGGACAUGUCGCAGCGAGAAUGUUCCGAGAUGACAAAUAUAUCGAGAGCCAGCUGAUCAUGGUCUCACACAACAAACUUGCUCAGUACUGGGUUGGAUUUGGUCAUAUCAGUUUUUACGAGAGAGUCAAUAUCGACAAAUUCCUCUCACCCACAAAUGAUCCUCCUCCAACGACAUCAUGUUGA